CCCAAUCGCCGCGCCCAUCGCGCGCUCCGGCCGCGGGGACGCCGGGGAGCGGGAGCCACGCCGCCCGCCGCCAUGCGGUUCCGGUUCGGGGUGGUGGUGCCGCCCGCGGUGGCCGGGGCCCGGCCAGAGCUGCUGGUCGUGGGGUCGCGGCCGGAGCUGGGGCGCUGGGAGCCGGCCGGGGCCGUGCGCCUGAGGCCGGCGGGCACGGCCGCGGGCGCGGGGGCGCUGGCGCUGCAGGAGCCGGGCCUGUGGCUCGGGGAGGUGGAGCUGGCGCCCGAGGAGGCGGCGCAGGACGGGGCGGAGCCGGGCCGCGCGGACACGUUCUGGUACAAGUUCCUCAAGAGGGAGCCGGGAGGCGACCUCGCCUGGGAAGGCAAUGGGCCUCACCACGACCGUUGUUGUACGUAUAAUGAAAACAACUUGGUGGAUGGUGUUUAUUGUCUCCCAAUAGGACACUGGAUCGAGGCCACCGGGCACACCAACGAGAUGAAGCACACAACAGACUUCUAUUUGAAUAUCGCAGGCCACCAAGCCAUGCAUUAUUCAAGAAUUCUACCAAAUAUCUGGCUGGGUAGCUGUCCUCGCCAAGUGGAACACGUAACCAUCAAACUGAAGCACGAAUUGGGGAUUACAGCUGUAAUGAAUUUCCAGACCGAAUGGGAUAUUGUGCAGAAUUCCUCAGGCUGUAACCGCUAUCCAGAGCCCAUGACUUCAGACACUAUGAUUAAGCUGUACAAGGAAGAAGGCUUGGUCUACAUCUGGAUGCCGACACCAGAUAUGAGCACCGAAGGCCGAGUGCAGAUGCUGCCCCAGGCGGUGUGCCUCCUGCACGCGCUGCUCGAGAACGGACACACCGUGUACGUGCACUGCAACGCCGGGGUGGGCCGGUCCACGGCGGCCGUCUGCGGCUGGCUGCAGUACGUGAUGGGCUGGAACGUGAGGAAGGUGCAGUACUUCCUCAUGGCCAGAAGGCCGGCUGUGUACAUUGACGAAGACGCCUUGGCCCGGGCUGAACAAGACUUUUUUCAGAAAUUUGGGAAGGUUCGAUCUUCCAUAUGCAGUGUGUAGGGCUCCCUCCCGGUUUCCUUAGAAAGCUGGGGUGAUGAUGCUAACUACAAUGACCUAGAAACCAAGAUUUCGCCUGAAAAGACUGGCUGCUGGCUUCUCCCCCAGCCUGCCUUCUUUAGUCUGGGGCUGACUUUCAGUUAUCGUUGGUUGAGCUGUAUCAUCUCUGAAAUAUUUUGCAAAGGAAGCCAUGACUGACCCGUGAGCAAAAGCCACCAGCAGGUGGGCUGUGCCGUGUUGUUCUAGCGUCAGACAGAAAGAGAAUGUGUGCCGUUCCUGCUUCCUGCAAGCGGACUAGCCCUUAGCGUUACAGACGCUGCAUCUGUUGUGUUAUGAAUUCACUGCUGCACUUUCUUGCUGCCUUGUAAUGUGACAUACAGAAGAAAAGAUAGGAGUUGUGUAGAAUCCAUCACUUGUGCGUACACACACCACGCACCACACACCACAUACACACACACGUUCUGCCAAAAUUAUAAAAUGAGAGCUAGCCAGUUGCCAAAAAAGGAAAUAUGGACUAAACAUGACCCAAAUCGAUGGCUUUCUAGACCUUGUUUUUGCGUCCUGCUCCACGGUUGUUAAAGCCUGUCCCAAGGCUGCACCCCCUUUACCUCCCCACAGCCCUGUGUGACACCCACAGGCAGUUAUAAUGUCUUUGUUCUCACCGAGGCUCUGUGAUCAUAGGUCUCAGGGCCAGCUGGGGACUAGCUGGAGUUGGACUCAGUGUUUGUUGUUUUGUCAGCAAACUGUAGUGUAUUCAGUUUCUCUGUCUCAAAGUAAGGUUGAUGUUUCUGCAGCAGUUUCUAUAGUGGGAAAUGGAACAUUGUUCUGGUCAGUCGCCAAAGAAUUUAGAAAAGUAGUUAUAUUUUGUACAACCUGUCUUAAAAUGUGGUGGGCUGUCUCCAGGCCAAAGUGGUCUGUGCCAUAGCUCAGAAGAGGAGCUAUAUUACCAGAAAAGCCCCAAACCAUAGAUAAUUGUUCCACAGCUUGGGAACAAGCCCGACUCCACGCUCAGUUUAAUACAAUCCACGGUUACUGUGCCUCCAGAAUGCGCAACUCCCUACCGUCCCCUAGACGCUACAGGAAACACAAAGGUGAACAAGACCUGGCCUGCAAGAAGCUCGUAGCCUAGACACAGCCCUGUGUUCAGUCAAGUAUAACGCAGGAUGGAGCUGUGAAAGACACGCUAGACUAGGGGGAGAGGAAGUAACUUUUGUUGGGUGCCUCUUAUACACUAGGUGCUUUACAAUCUUAUCCAAUUUAAUCUUCGCAGAACCCUGUGAGGGAUGUUUCAUUAUCUCCACUAUAUAGACGAGGAAACUAAGGCUCAGAGAGGUUAAAUCAACUUUCCAGGAGCACAUGGUGAGUAAAUAAAUGAAAUGAGAUACAAAGCUAGGUUUGUCUGACUCAAAGCCCAUACUUUUCCUAUUAAGCUAUGAUGCUUAUUUAAUUUUCUGCUCCUUCUUCCAUAAAUGUUUAUUGAUAGAUAUGGGAGAUUCUGAUUUAGGAAGUACGGGGGAUAAGAAGGUGCAAGAUGGGCCCCAGUGGGGUUCAGAGGAGGGAAAGAUGUCUUAUAACUGUGGGACUCAGGGAGACGACAUUUGAUUUGGGCAGUGAAAGCUAGACAAGACACAUUUCUCUUACAGUUUUACAAAGUUAAAUUUAUAAACCAGGAUUGAAUGAUAUGGAGUCCAGCUCCCUUGCUAAGAAUAACUAGAGAGAACUAUUGUAUUAAAGUAACCUGUUUAUAGUCAUAAUGUGUUGUGUAAAAUUUAAUCUUAAAAGUGGAAUAUUUCUAAUUUAUUAUGUGUGUGUGUGUGUGUGUGUGUGUGUGUGUGUGUGUGAAUUUCCUUAAUGUCGAAGGAGUCCAGUUACAUAAUUUACACUACAGGAAAAACUUUUUGGAUGGAUUUUUAAAAUUUUUGCUCUGAUAGGCAAAAUAAUUUUAGGGCUAUUAAAGAAUGUGUUGGAAUAACCUCUCUUGUCUUCAAUGAAUGGGAUAUCCAAUGUCUUUCAAAAUCACCUGGAAAUUUUGCUGGAUAAAAAAGCAUUAAAGAUGACUUCUGUGUACAGGAUUAAAAAACCCAAAAUCCAGUGUUAUUAAUUUUGUCUGAAAUCCAUAAAAACAAACUGUGUGUUUCUUAUUUGUAAUCCAGUGUAUUCCUUUAUUUUUCAAGACCCAGAGACAUCAAAUGACUCUUUUACAGAAAAGGGUUUUAACUGCGGGUCAGAGGAAAGGGAUGAGCUAGGAAGAUUUGUAGGGAGGUUUACUGUGGUGUUGAGGAGUCCCUGGAGAAUUGACAGGAAGGAGAGCAGACAGUGCUAGUGGGAAAGAAUUCAUGGGAGGAUCACAGAAAGUGGAGUAAGUGGAAGAAAAAUGACUAAAAUGAGAAAAAGCAAAGAAAAGUGAAAUUUCCAAAAGAAGAAGCAGGUGUAUCCUUUUAGAAAGAGUGCUGGGAGGAUUGUGAAGGAAGGCGUGACUGUAGGACCAGGCAAGUCGGGUCAAGGUUAUGUUCCCAGGCAAAACGGUCAGGCUAGGUAUUCACUACAGCAGGAAAAAGGACAGCUGGAUGUAACGUGCUGACCGAAUAGGAGGGUGGACUGUGCUGUGGCUUAUUACCUGCUAGGACAAAAAGGAAGUCUGAUAGGAGAUGGGACUAAGAAUAAAGAGGAAAGGACUGGUGAAGCUACCUCUCAUUAGAACAAUAAUAAUGGCACGAUAAUCAGGGGAAGGGAAUAGCAAAAAUUACAACUGCGUUCUUUCCUUUCCUAAUCCAAUAUUCCGAAAGUCUUGCCCAAUGUAGUUCAUGGAAACGUACUUCCAGUUGCUCAGGUUCCACACCUCAGAGUCAUUCUUAACUCUUCUCUUCCUUUCAAACAUCACAUAUCAUCCAUCAGAAAAAUCUGCCACCUCUUCUGUCAAAAUAUCUGUAGCCUAACGAUGUUUGACCUCCUCCGCAGAGCACACCUGGUUAGAGCCUAAUUAGUGAUCUCUAGACUGAACUUCAGAAAUCGCCUCCUAACUGGUCUCCCUGUUUCUGUCCUUCGCUCUCAGUCAGCCCCACCACUGUCAUAUCUACUCUCACCCAGUGGCGGGGGUGAUCCUAUAAAAAUAUACGUCAGAUCAUGCCAACCCUGUGUUCAAAGAAGCCACCAAUGACUUGCCAUGUCACUCAGGGUAAAAGCCGAAGCCCUUCAAGGACCCACACACGCUGGUCCCCUGGUAGGUCUCUGACCUCAUCUCCUGCUGCUUUCUGCCUCACUCCGCUCCAGACAUCCUGGCUUUCUUGCCCUUGGAGUAUUCCUGACAGCCUCCUCCUUCAGGGCACUUCCUGUCCCUCCGCCUGGAACGCCCUUUUCCAGGUAUCAACAUGGCUCACUGCCACACCUCCCUCAGUGAGGCCUUUCUGGACCACCCAGCUACAAAUUGCCACACGCAGCCGCAGCCCGCCCCGUCCGCAUUCUCCACGUCAUUUCUCUCCAUGGAGCGUAUUGCUGGCCAAUAUCCUACACAGUUUGCUUAUUUGUUUUAUUGUCUCCGUUCUCUCACUACAGUGUAAACUUCAGAAAGGUAAACAUUCAUGUCUGUUUUGUUUGGUGAUGUGCCUAGAGCGCCUGUGAUGGAGCCUGGCAUGUAUUUCAGUGAGUGAAGGACAAGAACAGCUAAUAACUACUGA